AUGACCGAAAGUUUCAAGACUUUAAUCAGCACGACUAUCGGCUGGAGUCUCAUAGGAGGCUUCUUCAGUGCUAUCGACUAUAUGGACUUUCGUGAUCCACGAUCAUGGGAAUUUGAUAGAGGUGCAGUUGUAUCCGAGUCCCAAUACUUCCUCGGAGGAAUCAUGAUGAUAUUGGUGCAAUUGUAUGUGCUUUUGAGCGAUGUGCAUAGUGCACAACAUCAAUUCUUGAGUCAUCCUGGAGGCCGCAAUGUCACUUUUGGCCCUAUGAAACAAGGUGACUUCAUCGUGGAAGCUGUUGAUUCUGUAGCCGUCCUUGGAUGCGUUGAGCUGGGGGCAUUCGCCAUCGCGGACAUUGAGAUUGCUGUGGCACUGUGCCUGGCUAUGUGGAAUGAGAGAACUGGGUUUAUGAGGGCUCUUGAAUUGGUUGAGCUCGGCACAGUAAGACUUCGACACCGAAUCCAAUUGAAUGCGCGAGAACACUGGAGAGAAGGAGGCCCAUCAAAACACAUGAAUUUACUGGAGAAUAUCAGGCUUCCAAUCAUGACUACACAGGACGUAGGACACAGCCAAACAUGCCUCGUCUUAUUGCUUCUGUCAUCUAAGGCAAUCUCAGCUACCGUCGUCUUUACCACGUCUGCACCCGGUCUCUCGCCAGAGGUCAGCCUCUUUGAACACCUUAUUCACUGUGCAGCAAGUAUGUAUAAAGAGAUGAUGAUCAUUGAAGUCAUCUCUGCCUGCCUGGUAGAGCCCUAUCGACAUUUCCCGAUUGGCCAUUCGUCGCACACGGCCUUGUGCGCGGAGCGUGGGUUGUCUAUGUCUAAGACGCCCUCACGAUAA